CUAAACUUUACUUUGGGUUUUGCUGUGGUCUGUGUUAUUGCGCAUGUGUUAUUCAUUAGGACCAGGACAACAAUUUCGAACUGAGACACUCCAUACCUGUGGACUUGUGCUUGGAAGUUAUCUGUCUAAAGUGUCCCAGGGUGUGGCUAUGUGAACAUCAUGUGUACCCAGGACCUUCCUGUUCCAAGUGGAGAACGUUGGCUGCAGCUGAUUGUCUACGUGUUCUACUGUGUAGCCACUGUACUGCUGCAGGGAGAUCCUGUGUGUGCAGACCGUCCCAUGUUCACUAUUACACCUAGCCCAUUGUCAGUGUCCACGGGUGGAGCUGCCGUCUUUGACUGUGUGGUGACUGGUUCCCCCAUCCCCUCUAUAUCAUGGACAAACAAUGACAAUGAUGUCAUUGUCAACAAUGGAAGAUUCACCAUCUACCCAAACAACAGCCUGGUGGUCACUAAUGUGCAGGGAUCGGACGCUGGCUUUUACACCUGCCAUGCAACAAAUAGUUUUGGGACAAAUGUUGCAAGUGCAAUGUUAAAUGUAUUCAGCACUGCAUUGCCAGUCUUCACCAGAACUCCAGAGGACAAGAUAGUAAAUGUUGGCCUAUCGGUACUGUUUGUCUGUGAGGCCAGUGCCAGCCCAGACCCAGUCCUGAGCUGGGAGAAGGCUGGAGGUGACCUGCCUGCAGGGAGAGUAGAGUUUGUCAGCAGUGGCUGGAUGAGGAUACGGAAUAUUCAGCAGUCUGAUACAGGGAUGUACAUCUGUACUGCUGAGAACUCAGAGGGAAGUGUCCGUUCCAGCGCCUCCUUGACUGUCCAUGUGGGUCCCACCUUCACACAGACACCUGCUGACCAGAUCUGUGGUCUCAGUCAGACCAUCAGCUUCUCCUGUCAGGCAGCGGGGAUCCCCACUCCUCACAUCACAUGGACAACCCCCAAUUCAGGUACAUUUCCCGCGCCCAGCGCCCAGUCUGGACCUUCGGGUAUUACAGUGUCUAGUAACGGGACACUGACCAUCACCACGGUGAGAGGGGUGGAUGAGGGCGAAUACAGGUGCUUGGCCACAAAUACUGUGGGGAGAGCCACGUCUUCAUCAACCCUGCAUGUUCAGUAUGGACCAUCUUUUACACAGCUCCCAGUAGAUACGCAGGCCUUGGUCCAUGAAAGUCCACUCUUGCCCUGCCAAGCUACUGGUGAUCCAGUCCCUGCCAUCAGCUGGUUCUUUGAUGGCAAUCCUGUGACUGACAGUUCCAAGUAUGAUAUAUCCACCAGUGGAAACCUGCAGGUUAUGGGGAUCACUAACGCUGAUGAAGGAGUCUACCUUUGCAGAGCAGAGAAUGUGUUGGGUUCUGUGGAACAGGGUGCGUUAUUGACUGUGUGGAGCCUGCCAGUCUUCAUUGUUACACCUGUAGUGGAGACAAUAGUGCAUAUAGGGCAAGACCUCCAGCUGCACUGUCAGGCCAUAGGUGAUCCAAGUCCUAGAAUUGAAUGGAUGAAGGACAAUGCUGCACUGUCACAGAGUAAUGUACAACAAGCCAGCAAUGGAACUCUUAUUAUCUCAGAUAUCAAUGAGGAGAAUCUUGGCAGUUAUGUGUGCAUAGCCCAGAAUUCUGCAGGCAGCCACCAAGCCCCCGCUAAUGUCUGGUUACCCGACGUGCCCAUCUUCACCGUCACUCCAACCAACAGUACCGUCAACAUCAACCAAUCCAUCCAGGUGCCCUGCAGGGCAAGUGCACGAGACACACCAACUAUCUCAUGGUACAAGCAAGACAAAGCAGGCAAUUCUGAUGUCCUGAUUGGUCAAGGAGUGGGCCAAGGGUCCUUGGACAACCAGCGAUCAGCCAGUGUCAGUAUCAUCGGUACCCUCGUAAUCACAAGCGUGCAUCAAGAUGAUGAAGGUUUCUAUAUUUGUAGAGCAACCAACGCUAUUGGUGAAGAAGAAAGGAUUUUCUACUUGGAUGUGAAAAUCCCACCAACAGAUAUUACAUCCAACAGCCCCCAGAUUGUCAUGGAAAACGACACUGCUACUUUAAACUGUACGUCUAACAGUGACCCUCCCUCUGCUGUCUCCUGGUUCCAUCCUAAUGGUCUCCUGGUAACCCCAAAUGAUGGGCGUUUCCUUUUGUUUGGAAACAACCUCCAAGUUGCCUCUACUAAUGUAGAUGAUGCCGGAUUCUACCGGUGUGUCCUGAGUAAUAUGUUAGGUUCAGCACAAACUGAUGUGCAGCUUGUGGUACAGGGACCUCCCCGGCUCAUUGCCAUCAGCACUAUGGCUGUUGGAAAUGCUGUCAGAGUGAGAUGUGUUUCAGUUGCUUCUCCCACCCCUGUGGUGUCAUGGUGGAAGGGGAGUGUGCAAAUAUUCGGGACGGCGAUGACAGGUCUCACGGUUGAUGAAAACAAUGACUUGUACAUUGAUCAUGUAGACAUGGGGAACUACAUUCAGCCAUCAGAUGUUUACUACUGUAAAGCCACCAACAUCUUUGGUCAGGAUCAGUACAAAAUCACCCGACCCUGUGCCCCGGGUAAACCAACUGUUAUUGGUGUGACGUCAGGAAAUGUGACGGUAACAUGGAGCCAUGAAGACUGCAGUGAUGUCCCAUCAUCUUCCUUCUCUCUUCAGUACCAGACUACGGACAGCAGGAACUGGAUCAUUGCAAAUGAAGUGAACAGUCCACCGUACACUGUUACUAAUCUUGACUCGUACAGAUUGUAUUCAUUCCGUGUGCGUGCUAACAAUGCACUCGGUACAGGUAACUACAGCGACACAUCUGACCAGGUCCAGACCCUCCAGGGUGUCCCCUCCCCUCCCAGGUCUGUCAGAGUUUCAGUCAGUGCAAACAUCAUCACUGUCAGGUGGACAUCACCACUGAAGUUGAAUGGUCCACCUCAAAACAUCCAGUAUCAAAUUUCAUACCAAAGGGCUGAUGAUUAUAGCCAAGAUGGAGAAGUAACUGUUGUACACAAUCAUGAGAUGCCUCUAGAGGAAAGCUUGAGUCUGGAACGUGGUAUGACCUACAACAUUAAAGUUGGAGCAGGAAACACAGCUCUAAAUAGGUGGAGUAGUUAUGUUGAAGUCUUGGCGGAGACUCCACACCUUAGUCCAAGUGCACUACCAACCAUUACAUAUGCAAAAAGUGUGUCAGUUGAUUCGAUACUUGUAAAAUGGUUAACAACAGGUGAUGAUUUCAUUGUGGGUUUUCUGGUCAGCUUCCGAGCGGUUGGGAUGAGCACAUUUACAACCUAUCGACUCCCUGGCCCAGAGUUGUCUCGCUAUACAUUUGAAAAUCUUGAACCGGAGGCGGAGUAUGAUGUGAAAGUUGCUGCCUACAAUGAGGGAGGAGAUGGCCCAUAUAGUGAGAUCAAGAGAGUGACAGUUUGGGAAGAAGAGGAGACAAGAACAGCAGCUAACAGGACCUUGUCAACAGGUGUUAUUCUGGCCAUUGUAGGAGGCUGUGUGGGCCUGGUGCUGCUGCUGGGAGUGGCUGCCUGUGUGGUGCUGGUCCAGCGGAACCAACAGCUGAAGGACCGGCAGAGGCACAGCGUCAGCACAGACCAGCUCUGGGAGGACAGGGAACAACAGCAAGGUGAUGUGUUUGAAACAGGAUCCCUGCAGAGUGACAGAUCUGGUGUCCAAGGAAGCUAUGAUGUCACUGCUUUUGUCAAUGACAGUUUUCGGCCAAUCAUCGAGGAGGAAAGUACAGACACUAAUGCAUUUGAUGCUGUGGUUGAACCAGUAGGAGUCCGAGAUGGCAGGAUCAUGAGGAGGCAGUCUGGAGAAGCUGAUGAUCCCAUCCAGUCACACAGCGAUGAGGACUCAUCUCCUGUCGUCCCGACCCUGAACAUCAUAGAGGAAGAGCCUUCCAUCAGUUUGAGCCCCACCACCCAGCCAAAGGAUAGUUCUGGUCAUGUCGGCGCAAGUGGACCUCUUCACACUGAUGAUCAAAUUCUGCAGAUCAGCUUUGACAUUCCUGAAGCUUCUGACGACGACAAUCAAGACGGCGCUGCGACCCCCCAGCAGCAUGAAUACAUGGAGAUUGAUGACAAAAUGUCUGAUUUGAACAACCUGAACCUUCCACAGCCCACCCCUCUUCAGGAGAGUCCUGUCUAUGCACAAGUUAACAAGGAUGCCAAACUGCAGAGAAAACUUCAGAAGGAGAGGGAAGAGAUGGCCAGGCUGGCAGCUAAAGCAGAAGAGAAGAGGAGGAAGGAGGCGAAAAAGCUGAUGGAGAAGGGCGGCAGCAGCAUCGGCUCUGCGAGAUCCCGCAGGAGACGGAGGAAGUUGAAAGCGGCGGAACAGUCGGCUCAGAAGGACAGGGAAGAUGAUCCUUGGGGGGUCAAUUUGGAGAGGAGGAAGAAGGACAGUGAAAGUGCAGGGCUGUUUUGACAUGUCAUAAUGCUGGGACAUUCUCUUACUGCAGAGCGUAAUCUGCGUCAUAGAAACUCCUCUGUAUUCCACUCUGCUUAAUUGACCUGUCUUGCAUAAAAAUAUUAAUGAACUUGCCUUAUAUGGACACAAGCGAAUCAGCAUGCACCACCUAGUUUUCAAAUGUCCUAUAUGUUAGGCAUGCAGGCUGAGAAGUCGGAGCUUUUUAGCAAGAAGACGAUUGUUUCAAACUUUUUUUCAGGUAGUAUUCAUUGAUGCUGCAAUCACCCUUUACAUACAGAUAUCAAAUUUGGUACCUUGUUAACAAGUUUGGAUGCAGAGAAGACCGCCUUGGUAGAACUUUGUGACCGCAUCGGUCAUAGAUAUUAAUGAGCUUACCUUAUUUAGAACAAGCUUUCCCUUUGGACAACAGAACAAAGCUUUCUCUUAUUGGCUGCUGGUAAGUGGCAACUCCCUAUAGUAGAAAGCACAAGCAGAGUAUGAACUGAGUGGAGUUCUUGGGCAUUGGUUCAAAGCUGUGUAGGAUAAUGUGCUGGGAUCAAUGAACUUUAUAAAAAACAGUCCUGAGGAAAUGGGAAAUAUAUGGUGGCUUUGUAGGUAGGCUUCACUGGGUUAGAAAAGUUUUGAAAAAUUCACUUGUCCUGUACAUAUCAUUUAAAAUGGGUCAUGUACAUAUCAUUUGAAAAAGUCUACAGGCCCAAAGCAAUUUUAACUGACCUGAAUUUAAUAAAGUUGCUUGGGAAACUCCCUACCCCAUCUAGGCUGGAAUAUGGUUUUGAUCCACCCACACCUGGAAGGAUGCCCACUCAUUUAGAUAAGUGUGGCAGGUUAAUUUGAUAUGUGCUCGAGACGUGGCUCUCCUCAAAUACAGGACCUCCUUUGAGCAUCAGUAUCGGAGGGACAUCCCUAACCUAAUCUGGGUACUCAUUUGCACCUGAGUGAAAUGAUGAAAUUUGUGUUAAGUCGCACAAGAUUGGUUGCAUGACAGGAUUUGGACCCAGGACCUCUGCGCUUCAAGGCCAAAGACCCUGUAGUUACUCAAAUUGUUAAUGCUGAACACUUUUUUGCUACACAAAGAAAGUACUUUGUGUUCAAUAUUUCCAUACAUUUUUGUAAUUAAAAAAAGUGAUCAUUUGAUUGACUUGUACAUGGCAAAUGUGAAUGGCACACCAUUAUUGUCCAUGGUGAGAACACAUUACCGUCAGGGUGCCUCUUGUAAGUGUAAGUAAGCCAAAAAACCUACUAAUCACCAAACAGAUGUUGGAAGGCAGAAUUGUGAGUCUUUGACAUCACUAUGUAUUUUAGAGGCCACUGCACCUGUCUCCUGUAGAAAAUGUGGGUAACUCAAUUACCCUCGUAGCUUUGUGUAACAUAUGUAACCUAUCGUCAGUAUUAUUUGUACCUGUAUUUGUUGAGUUGAGAAGUGCAACAUUCAAUACAUUACUAUCCACUUCUUGCCA